UAUUUUGUUUGUUUGUUUGGGAUCGCUCUAACUGAGCAGCGAGGCGAGUGUAACAAUUGCAAAUGGGUGCGGCGGAGAACACCACACGAACAGGUCCUCCCCCAACGACACCGGAUGACAUCGAACUCCUGCUAGGGUCUGCAAGAUUUGGUGUCCUAGAUGAUGUUAAGAGCUUAGCAGGUAUUGGUGUUUGUCUUGAUUCCAAGGAUGAACAAGGAAGAACAGCUCUUCAUAUGGCUGCAGCUAAUGGAUAUAUUGAUAUUGUGGAGUAUUUAAUCAGUAAAGGAGUGGAUCUUAAUCCACAAAAUGAGGAGAAAAAUACACCUCUUCAUUGGGCGUGUCUCAAUGGGCAUGUUGAGGUUGUGAAGAAAUUAAUCACGAGCGGAGCUAAUGUUAGUGCUUUAAACAGUCAUGAGAGGACUCCAAUGGAUGAAGCUUUGAGUGGUGGAAAGCGAGAAGUGAUUGAUGCAAUUAAUGAAGCAGUGGCACUAGUUGAACUUCGUGGCGCUAUGGUUUCUGCACCGGAAACUUGAAGUUUAUGCUUCUCUAAGCACCCUGUACUGUAAUAUGAGAGAAUUUGGUGAUGGUUAUACAUAUUUUCCUAUAAUGGUGCUUUGUUAGUGAACAGGAUUAGGAGCUAUGGUUUCCGUACAGGAAACUUGAUGUCUAUACUUCUCUAAGCACCCUGUAAUAGUUUGAUGAUGGUAAUACUUGUUUUCCUAUAAUGU